UAUCAUUUGGAUGCCUUUCAUUUCUACUUACUGAUGACAGUAAGAGUGUCUCCUAAUCCCUUAGAUAACCUGAUCCUGUUUGACGAGCCUAUUCAAUGCAUCCAAGGCAUAUAAAAGGUCUUUCUAGUUCAUUUAGUCACUUAACUCAUUCAGACAAAAGCCGGUAGUUUCCCCUUUUCUCGCCAAGGGGAAGAAGAGUGGGAGAGAGAGAGAGAGAGUUCGACAGUACCGGUGGCGAUGGGUCGUGGAAAGAUAGAGAUCAAGAAGAUCGAGAACCCGACGAACCGCCAAGUAACCUUCUCCAAGAGGCGGGGAGGGCUGCUCAAGAAGGCCAAUGAGCUUGCGGUCCUCUGUGAUGCACAGGUGGGGGUCAUCAUCUUCUCCAGCAGUGGAAAGAUGUUUGAGUACUGCAGUCCACAUUCGAGUAUGAGGCAAAUCAUGGAUAGCUACCAGAGAGUCACAAACACUCACUUUGAGGAGAUUAAUACUCAUCAGCAAAUAUUUUACGAGAUAGCGAGGAUAAAGGAUGAGAAGGAUAAGCUGCAGGAAAGCAUGAAGCAGUAUGUCGGCGAGAACUUGACUUGUUUAACUUUGAAUGAGCUGAAUCAACUCGAAGAACAGCUCGAAUCCUCCGUAAACAAGGUCAGAGUAAGGAAGCACCAGCUGCUGCACCAGCAACUGGACAAUCUACGUCGCAAGGAGCACAUCUUAGAGGAUCAGAACAGCUACCUAUGCCGCAUCCUGUCGGAGCACCAGGCAGAGCUGGAACACACGCAGGCUGCCAUGGAGCACAAGGUGGGUGAUGUGCCGAUGCUGGAACACUUGGAAAACUACUACUCCGGGGAGCCAUCAGAGAGCUUGCUGCAGCUUUCACCUCAAACGCAUGCUUUCCGGCUGCAGCCAACACAGCCCAACCUGCAGGAGGACAGCCUCCAGGGCCAUAACCUGCAGCUCUGGUCUUGACUUUCUACAUGGACUUCAACAGAUUCCAAACUCCAAGAGAAGAAACAAGCAGCAGGAAAAGAGAAAGGAUACCGAGUCAUCACACUACUGAAAACAACUCAUUUUUAGAUUAAUAUACUUCUUCUUUUCUAUAUAUCUGUAGGAAAUGAUGUUUGCAAGCAUGCUUCCAUGGACAGUUUAGGCAUCUUUGAUGUUGUUGUGUCUGUGUGGCUAUCUAUCCAUAUAUGUGAGAUAUCAUCCAGUUAAAUACAGUUGGGUCAUAUACGUGAUGCCAUCAAAUAUGAUGGCAUGUUGUAUGGCGUUUAGUAGGCUAAAUAGAGUUGUGCGUGCUAAUCCAACUAUUUUAAUGGAACACCAGACCACCUGGCGUAGACUAUGAUUCAGAUGAUUCUGAGUUCUUGAUAUGAUCUUCGGCAAAUCAUGUUCUUUGUUUUGUUCCUUUCUGCCUGACCUCUGUCGACCAGAGAAAACUUCCGCUGUGCCCUCUAUGGGGUCUCCUCUCUAUCUCUCUUCCAUGCGAUCGAUCUGAGGGAGUCGUCCUCUCAAUCAUGGUGAGGCGCCAUGGUUGGCAGCUUUUUCCACAUGCCUUGCGGGCCUUCUUCUGAAGAUUUCCUGUACACGCCUUAUGUUUGCCUCCAUAUCUACACCGAGAAAUGGCUUUCUUUCCAAAGGCCUUCUUGCUUUUGCUAUUAUCUGUUUUCGAUACUAAUGGAUUUCUUGGAUCUUGCAGUUUGUGUGACCAUAUAAGGCACAUUUGACCUCAUUUUUGUUGAGAGAAAGGGAAGUUUUUGAUCGGGUAAGUGGU